AUGGAAGGCCACAGCCUGAGUCUUGGCACGACAGCACCAGCAUGCACCGCUCUCCACUCCUCUCUUGCGCACUCCCAUGCCCUCUCCCACGCCCCCUGUGCUGGUGGCGGUGCUGGUGGCGGUGCUGGUGGUGGUGCUGGUGGUUGUGCUGGUGGUGGUGCUGGUGGUGGUGCUGCUGCUGUAGCUGGCACUUCCUCCCCCCUCACUGCCUCACCGCCUGCUGCUCCCACUGCUGGUGCCCCUUUCACCGCCUCGAGCAGGCAGCGCCAUCGCGAGAAGAGCCAGGUGGACGGGGAGGGGGUGUGUGCUUGUGGGCUGGGUGAGGAAAGGCCUGAAGUGGAUGGGGAGAAUGUGGAGCAGAGAACUAUCGAAGGUGGACAGGUGGGCUGA